CAGGAAGGGGAACCGUUGAAGGUGCGUUUCUCAGAAAAGAGGCUGCAUCUGUUGCCUCUCCGACGUCUUCUCGUUUACCUAAGUCUACGCAAUGGGGAGAGGCCUCUGCCCACAGACUUCCUUUGCGGAGAGGAGCGUUCUUGCUGCUCUUCUGCAUCGCAGGCAACCGAGACUACGCUCAGAACGAUAAUCAUUUGGAUCCUGCAACCUGAGUGCGUUCCGUUUGGCACCGAGGGAUCCAAGGAUGGGGAGGGUCUGCCACCCCUGGUCUGUUGCUACCCUUGGGUUGCUCUUUGCAGGGACGGUUGUCAUUUUUGCCAAAGAAUCUGCUUCGGAAACAGGGCUGUCCAUCAAGGUGAAGCAGAAUGGAAGGAACGUCACCCUGCACUGUGUUGGAGGGAGCGAGCUGUUCAACUGGACGAAGGACGGGGUCCUCUUGAAGGGCCACGAGGGAGAGGAGCUGCCCUUGGGCUCUGCCAUGGAUGACCCCAGAGGUUCCUUCUCCUGCCAGUCUAAAGACCAGACAGCUUCCAUGCAGGUCUUCUUCCGGAUGUGCCAGAACUGCAUCCACCUCGAUGCCCCCACCAUCCUGGGGAUUGGGAUAGCCAGCCUCGUGGCUACCCUGUUCCUGGCCGUUGCCGUCUUCUGCCUGGCUGUGGAGGAGCCCAGCCUGCGAUCUCAAGCAUCCGAUAAGCAGAACCUGCUGGCCAACGAGCAGCUCUAUCAGCCUCUUGGAGAACGCAACAAUGGGCAAUACAGCCACGUCGGGGUUGCCAAGACGCGCCGCCGGUGAAAAUGGGAUGCAGGAGGAGAACACCCAUUUUGCCCCUGGCAUUCCUGAUGAUCUCUUCAACUCGUGCGGACCACCGGGCAACAACCAUCCUUGCUUCUUUUACCAAGACUUCCAGAUGGGAAAUGGCUUCAGGCAGUAGAAUAGGAAGCCAAACAUACCGUAUAUACUCGAGUAUAAGCCUAGUUUUUCAGCCCCCUUUUUUAGGCUGAAAAAGCUGCCCUCGGCUUAUACUCGAGUCAAAGUUAUUUAUUAUUAUACUCUGUUAUUACUAUUAUUUUUGUUACAUUUAUUAUUUUCCUCUAUUGUGUGGGUACGGCUGUACCAAAAGCUCCAACUUCCUUUUCUUUCCUUGAGUGUUUGCAUGUAUUCCAAAGUUCCAUGCAUUUUGCAAUAAGGUGGCUUCCCUUGGUUUGCAAUCAUAGGGCCUAUGACCCAUCAAUCAUUGUUACGUUUUGGUUCCUCCCCUUUCCCCAGGGCUCUGGGAGGAGAGGGAGCCAUUUUAGGUCAGUCUUGCAUUGGAAAGCUUAUGUUGGGGUUCAGCCUCUGUGUGAACCUGAGCCCCAAUCUCUGUGUGAACCUGAUUCUCUGAUUGUAUUUCCAACUGAGCAAGCCACCGAACAUGUAUCUCUCCAUGAUAGUGUUGAAACUGUUGUUGAUGCUGAGGUCAGUGGCAGGGAAAGUGAAACUAAACAGCCUGAUGAAAAUGUUUUGGAAUCCAGCCGUGAAAGCUCUCCAGAGGAAAUCACACUUGGGUUUUUUAAUGAGGACCGAAGGGAACAGAUAGCUAGAGACAGGAGUGAUUCACAGUUUCUACGAAGGUCAAAUAGAUUACAGGAGAGACAGGCCCAGGCUUCAAAGUCAAGGGGCGUUUCAAGGAAUAGUUUCUUUGGUUUAAGGGGCCUUCCCCCGGUUGUCUCAUUAGAUCAAGCAACGUUUUAGACUGCGGCUGUGCCUUGGCAGAAUUCCUGUGUUCCAUGGCCGGUAAUCCCAGAGGCUUCUAGUUUUCAAGUACACGGUUAGUGAGAUGCUAACAGGUUCCUGGUUUUUGUAUUGUGGUUUUUGUAAUUUUGCUCAAGUUCAGAGAUUUUCAUGACUGCUGUGUUUCUAUUGUGGCUUUUUGACUUUGCAUUUACCUUUCUUUUGUAACCAAUUUUUCAUCAAUAAAAAAGGAUUGUUUUUUCUGCA